AGUGAAUCAGAAGUAGGAUUAUUUUAAAAUUCAAUUCCGAAAUGCACUCCGUUGUCGGAAUUGCUACACGGAACGUCUGUUAAAUAAUGUAUUUAUGAUAUUCUCACCCUCGGAACACAUCAUACAGAGCUCUGCUUUAUUUAGUAGAUAUGCUGUUGCCGCGUAUCAAUUCAGACAACGUACCAACUUAUUUCAUUCAGCGAUUUUUCACUUUAUCAUUUGAUGAAUACAGAACGAAGUUAAUAAAUGUAGUUCCUUCCAUUGUAAUUAUGAAUGAAUGCAGUGAGUGCUAUACCUUUUUACAAACUAAACAAAAGUCAAGUAGCGGGUGAAGUUUGUUGAUGAAAUAAACGAAAUGUUCGUACUAAGUUUAAGUACAAUUAAACAACUUUUCAGCCGCUACUUGAGUACUGGACCACGUAUUCCAUAUACCAGUGUAGCAACGUAGCUAGUCAGAAAAGUAGGAAGUUGAUAGAGGUGUUUGGGUCGCAGAUACCCAUGUACCAGCACCCCUCUGGGCGGCAAGCAGAGUACGCGCCCGACGGUACCCCAAUUACCCCACCUAGAGACAGGACCACCGAGAUCUUGCAGAAUCUCCAAAAAAAGCGAACGGAAAGAAGGGGGCGCCUCAGUUCGGAGCCCGAAAAGUCUAAAACAAGCAAUCUCGUCUUUAAGUUCCUCAACAUGGCCAGUGUGUUUAUGAGAAUUUUCAAUUUGAUCUGCAUGAUGUUGCUCAUUGGACACUGGUCUGGUUGUCUGCAAUUUCUCGUGCCGAUGCUUCAGGGAUUUCCAUCAAAUUCUUGGGUCGCAAUCAACGAACUGGAACACGCGUUUUGGUUGGAACAGUAUUCGUGGGCGCUGUUUAAGGCCAUGUCUCAUAUGCUAUGCAUUGGGUAUGGUCGGUUUCCACCACAGUCCCUGACAGAUAUGUGGCUUACAAUGUUGUCGAUGAUAUCAGGAGCGACAUGUUACGCGCUGUUUCUAGGCCACGCUACAAAUCUUAUUCAAAGUUUGGACUCGUCGCGUAGACAGUAUCGUGAAAAGGUAAAGCAAGUUGAGGAGUAUAUGGCGUAUCGAAAACUUCCGAGAGAGAUGAGGCAACGAAUCACGGAGUAUUUCGAGCAUCGAUAUCAGGGAAAAUUCUUCGACGAGGAAUGUAUCUUGGGAGAAUUAUCCGAAAAAUUACGAGAAGAUGUUAUCAAUUACAACUGCAGAUCGCUUGUUGCUUCGGUUCCAUUUUUUGCAAAUGCAGAUUCAAACUUUGUGUCUGAUGUUGUAACCAAGUUAAAAUAUGAAGUCUUCCAGCCUGGUGAUAUUAUAAUAAAGGAAGGAACAAUCGGUUCAAAGAUGUACUUCAUUCAAGAAGGUAUUGUCGAUAUAGUAAUGGCGAAUGGGGACGUGGCGACGAGUCUGAGUGAUGGUUCCUAUUUUGGUGAAAUUUGUUUACUAACUAAUGCACGGCGCGUCGCAUCCGUCCGUGCUGAAACCUACUGUAAUUUAUUUUCUCUGUCGGUCGAUCAUUUUAAUGCAGUACUCGAUCAGUACCCACUCAUGCGCCGUACGAUGGAAUCGGUUGCCGCGGAGAGGUCAGUGCGUUGGUUAAACAAAAUUGGGAAAAAUCCAAAUUUAGUUGCGCAUAAAGAAGAAGAUCUGGGAAGUGAAAGUAAGACAAUUAAUGCGGUCGUAAAUGCGCUCGCCGCGGAGGCAGAUCACGUGAAUGGUUCCGAUGAGUCCGUGGCUAGGCUGCACGUUAGUGAUCGAAGUUUACACGAAUUAGGAAGAACGUUAAAGAGAUUAACCCUUCCAAGGCCUAAAUCCGAAAAUAAUUUUGCAUCGCAAGAUAUUCCUUUACAGCGAGGUAGUGAAAAUAAUGGCCGACCAUCCUUCCAUAAAUCAGAUACAUUUCAUAAAGAAUCCACUUUUCAAUGACGUCACUCCACGCACUAGUGCUCUGUGCUUACUGACUGUCUGUGCCAACUGCUGAUGAUUAUGAAACUAAUUAUUGACAAGUCUAACAGUUAGCACAGAUCACUAAUGACUAGAAACCGACACCAAAUUGGAGUGCUAGUGCGUGCUGCUUCGCUGUGUCUUUCUACAAGCAAUACGUGCAAAGGACACUGCGCUACAAUUGUGCAAUAUUAGUAAUUACAUUAAGUUAGCUUGAAACAUUAGGUGCUCAAUUAGUUAUCUAAUUACCUGAAAAUUACAGGUCUGAUUUUUGGUUUGUUUCAAUUCAGAAAACCUUGUCAGUCGGAAUUUUUUAUUACCUACAAAUGAUUGUUCACUUAAUUGUAUACAUAAUCAAAAAAUGGCAAUACUAUGCUUAAAGAAAAUAUAUAACUAUUUUUAAAUCGAUCUUAUAUUUUGCCAUAUUUUGUACCCAUCAUAUAAAUGUGAUAUCUGUAACAUACGCCCAGUCCUAAAUACAAACGUCAGUUCACGGAGUACUUACAACAAAGGCUUAGUCGAAACAUUUGUCAACAAAAAAUUUAUAUCUAUCAUAAGUACGCACAAUUGUAUUUUCAUUACGAACGUGGUUAAUAGAACUUUUUUUCGUUUGCUGAGAAAAUAAAACCAAAAAUCAGUCUUAAAGUAGCACACAGGAUCACCUGAUACUAAGUCCUUUGCAAAUUAGUAUCGGUAGAAAAUCAGGAGUAAUAGCCAAGUAGUUCCAACUUAUAGGCCUAAAUAAAGAAAGAAAAUAGGAAAUGACAAUGUUUUCCCCUCCCUACUAAGGAACUAGCCAGUUUAAUCGAGACUCCCGAGCGACUUAUUUUAUUUUUCAGUUUAUUUAGGUGUGAUUUUCCAAAGUAAUAAUUUAGACAUUUGUAUGUAAUUUAUUUUCUAGCGUUUUAUACAGGUAAUAACAGAAAAACGAACGUUUUAUUUAGAUUUAAUGUAUAUUUACCGUUGAUGUUUCUUUAUUUAAUUUAGAGGUCUGGAACUUUUUAUUUUGGAGACACGUUUUGUACAUUAUGUAAAUAUUAAAUAAACGUCAGUGUGGCUAGAUCCUAGUCAGUUAAAUUUAUUGAUAUAAGAGAGACUCCAGACAUUGUUAGCUGUGAUCUUACUAAGUGAAUGUCUUAUCAUUAUAAUGGAGAUCUAUGUUCGAGCGAUUUAUGCGUUUAUAGAUUUAGUUGUUUACUUUCUUCUAUUUAUUUUUUUACUGUAUAAGAAA